AUGAGGUGUGUUUCACCUGUCCGGUUCCCGUCGCACCUCAACGCAGGAAGAGAAAGUCUUGUGUAUGUCGGAGUGAUGACGGCGAAAAAGCACCUGGACAACAGAGUUGUCGCCGCGCACGAAACCUGGGUACGAGACGUGCCCGGGAAGGUGGAGUUCUUCUCGUCCGCAGAGUCCGCAGGCGCCGCUCCCGAGGGCGUUCCCGUGGUGGCUCUGAAAGGGGUUACCGACGUCUACCCUCCCAUGAAGAAAUCUUUCCUCAUGUUGAAGUACAUGUACGAUCACUACGUCGACAGAUUUGAUUGGUUCAUCCGCGCUGAUGACGAUGUCUACAUCAAAGGGGACCGCCUGGGUCGGUUCCUGCGUAGCGUGGACGCGCACGAGCGCCCCCUAGCGGUAGGACAGGCGGGGUACGGCAGGCCUGAGGACCGGGCGGCGAUGCGCUUCGAGCCGCGGCAGAACUACUGCAUGGGCGGGACCGGCGUGCUGUUCAGUCGGGAGACGCUUCGCCGAGUCGGGCCGCACAUCGCCUGGUGCCUCCACAACCUCUACUCAAGACACGACGACGUGGAGCUGGGCAGGUGCUUCUAUAACGUUGCGAACGUCACCUGUAGUGCGGCCCACGAUGGCCAAAACGUUUUCCUCAACAACUACGAAGGUUACAAGGAGGGAAGCAUCGGGGAUUUUGACAAACCUGCCGUCCGCCGUGCCAUAACACUACACCCGAACAAACUGCCCGAAAACCAGUACAGGUUCAACAUACACCUGCUGUCACAGCGCAUGCGCGACACCCGGCAGAGAACUCUCGUCCUCUCUCGCGAGAUCCGUCACAUGACCAAGCUGCUGUCAGAAGAAGAGACUUUAUUGGACGGCGCUCCGGAGCAGAGAACCAGGAAAUCGCUGGAUUUCUUCAACCCGAACGCAGCGGAGGACAGUAGUUCUUACUGGGAAUAUUUCAAGGUCAAGAAGGUUUUCAAGGUCAGCGGGAAUCUGACAUACGAGAUGUCCGAGGAAAUGAAGGCUGGGCUGCAUGACGUCAUAACACAGCUGACGGAGAGCCUAAACCCAGACCGUUGGAAGACGCGCACGUCCAUCCGCGGGCUGAGAGCAGGCUACAGACGGGCUGUUCCCGGGCGGGGUGUGCGGUACGUGCUGGAUUUGCUACUCCGACAAGAGGGACAGGAGACCCGGGAACGGGUGCAUCUACAGCAGGCGUUUCUAACGCCCGAGUUUACGGAGAUGGACGUCAUAUCCAGAACUUUGCCCAUCUAG